GUAAUAUUGACCGGUUUCAUUGGCAUUAAUGGCCAUUGAGUCAUUUCCUUCGUUUCUUUCAUUCCGGUAAAAUUCCCUUGCAUACCAAUUUCCUUUUCAUACCAUCAAUCCGUUUUUGCUUUGAACUUUGACUUGGCUCAUUUGUUCCAUUUUAUUAUAUCUUGUAGCCAUCAGAAUGUAUUUUCUCCGUUUCUCUCCUCCUCUCGGUUUCUUUGCUUUAAUAUUGUUUCAAAAGCAUUUAUCCAAAGGGAAUUGCAAAACGUUAUUUUUUAUUAAGCAAAAAUACAUACAAAAUAUUAAAUUAUUUCUUAACUGGAAUUUCAAUCGAAGUUCAAAUCGACCAAACUUGUUACCAAGGAAAAUAUACCUGCCAACUGUCAUAUCUUGAAAUGGAACCCAAGAAAAAGUGCUCGCACAUUAUCCGACGAAGUAAAUAUGAACGGAACGUUGCGGAAGUUACAAACUGGUGGCAUAGAUUGUUCGGCAUGCUGGAAUCCGAAGCGGCCAUCCCGCCCGAUAGACGCCUCGACGUCGUAAACGAGAUAUUCCCAGAGAAACUUCUCAACAGGAUCCUUAGCAUAUUGAGCUUUGUAAGAAGCUGCAAGCACCCAACGACCGAUGACGAAUCCCUCAAACCUUCCGACGAGCAAAAAACCGACGACUCAAUCCCAACCGAAGACAACCAACGAAAAGAGGUCGGUCCCAACAACCCCUACACGCGUUUCUUUCGGCGUCGGCCCGACCGGGCGGCUAUCUGGCAUACCUUACCGCCCUUAUCACUUGAGGAGAUGAGUCUGACUCAAAAGGCAGAGGCGAUUACGACAUUGAUAGCGACCGAGUUCGUCGAAUGGAUGGAGAACAUAAGCGACGAAGAUUCACCCACGACCUUGACCGUGCCCUUAGUACUGAAGAUGUUCGAAAUUGGGUUCGAUACGCACGCUGCAAGGUCACUGCAAGUCCGAGUCAAAGAGAUGGCCUCGGUGCCGGACGGCGUGGCCAUACUCAAGGCCAUGCCAGAUAUGGCUAAACGUAGCCAACUGCACCGCCAACUACUCCGAGAUUUGGAAGCUUCAAAGCAGCAAAAGAGGAUUUUCGCUUUCGGGACGAAAAUAGACAAGGAGCAUCAAGUGAUCCCCCCAAAGAUGGCGGAUAUUGACAAAUGGUUAGUCUGCAAGAGAGUUCCGGAACAUCUCGAAUCAAUGGCGGCAGUCUGGCAGGGAAUCACCCAUUUGAGAUCAACCAGAGCUUACUGCGAGUAUCUUUUAGAUCAUCCUGAAAUCACACCGCCGAAAUAUUUGGUACAAAUGCGAAUGUUGGAUAAAGAAACGCUCAAAGGACAAGUUCAUUUUCAUCCGGAAGAUAAAGAAACAGGUCCUACGAUAAUUCCGAAAAGGACAAUGGAAACAGAAGCGCAUCACGCGGAGCAGGAAGCUAUUAUGUUGGGGAAUUAAUUGUAGGGAACUGUAACAGAUAACUGUAAUAGAAGACUGACUGAAGCGCCAUCAAAAAAGUCAAUAAAUGAA